AGGGCUGGGGCGGCGCCUGCUACAGGGCUUAGUACUGCAGGGCUCUGCGCGGGAACGCUAACCUGGUGCGGAGCGAGCCUGGGUGUCAGCCCAGCGUACGGCCUUUCACGAGUCUUCAAGCUUUCAGCACUUUGGGAGGCCGAGGUGGGCAGAUGACUUGAGGCCGGGAGUUCGAGACCAGCCUGGCCAACAUGGCUUUCUUCUAGUCAAGAUGAGUGAUAAACCAGACUUGUCGGAAGUGGAGAAGUUUGACAGGUCAAAACUGAAGAAAACUAAUACUGAAGAAAAAAAUACUCUUCCCUCAAAGGAAACUAUCCAGCAGGAGAAAGAGUGUGUUCAAACAUCGUAAAAUGGGGAUCUCCUCCAAAGAGCAGAUUUCAACAUUGCCUGACAGUCUUGGUUUUAGGCUUGUUUUUUUUGUAACUCUAUGUGUUUGUAAAGAUUUCAGACAUCUUCUGAUUUCUUCUCACCUAUAUUCCCUGGCUAAGAGGUCAGGGGUAGUGAAUGUUUCCUUAAAUUCCUUUCUAAACUUCGGAUUGGUAUAUAAAUUCCAAAUGGCAGAUGCUGUCAAUAAUCUUGCCAUUGAUGACCUUUGUGUACGUAGUCCUUGCACCUCAUACAGGAUAAGCCAAUUUUAACUUUCUACAAUGGGUGCCUCAGUUGUUUCAUAAUCUUCAUGAAGCUGCAUCAUUUAGCAGCUUAUAGUUUAUUUUCACUUCCAAUGUAGCAAUAAAAUAAUAAAUAUUAUCGUUAUUGUGUGA